GGAGGUUCAUCCGGGUUCAGCAAUGCUCCAAUGGCUGGAGGGCAAAGGGAGAACCUCCCUCUUUACAAAAUGCUUGUGGACCUGCCAAGCCACCUUUUGCUGAAGACAAGGCAGCGGUGGAGGAUCGUUUGAAGCGAAGAAAAAAUGGCAACUGCUUCCAUUCAGAAUACUGAAUUUGUGCAAACCAACUACGGCAAGAACAACGUGAAGUUGUUGUGCAUCAGGAGAGAGGGGAUCCACCACAGCAUCAUCGAGCUCAAGGCCGACGUGGAGCUCACGCUCAGGUCCCGCAAAGACUACUUAACCGGAGACAACUCUGACAUCAUCCCCACGGACACCAUCAAGAACACUGUCCACGCAUUGGCCAAGCUCAAGGGGGUAAAAACGAUUGAGCUGUUCUGUUUGGAUCUUUGUCAUCAUUUCCUGAGCUCUUUCAACCAUGUGCUGAGGGUCAAGGUGUACAUGGAGGAGGUGCCAUGGAGAAGGCUGGAGAAGAAUGGGGUUGAUCACGCCCACGCCUUCAUUUACAGCCCAGAGGCUUUACGCUUCUGCGAUGUGGAACAGCAUGUCAAAAGUACCCCGGUGAUCCACAGCGGACUCAAGAACAUGAAGGUGUUGAAAACCACUCAGUCUGGUUUUGUGGGUUUUUUCCGUGACCGCUUCACAACACUGCAAGAGGCCAGAGACAGGCUUUUCUGUACCACCGUCUAUGCCAGGUGGCGCUACAACAAGAGUCAAGAUGUCAGCUAUGAUUCUGCGUGGAAAUGCAUCAAAGAUAGCAUUGUUGAGAAGUUUGCAGGGCCGUACGACCGUGGAGAGUUCUCACCCUCUGUGCAGAAGACCCUCUAUGAUACACAAGUUCUGGUCCUGGAUAGGGUUCCUGAGGUGGAUGAAAUCGAGAUCGUCAUGCCCAACCAGCACUACUUUACCAUCGACAUGAUAAAAAUGGGCCUGGAAAACAAAGACGAGGUUCUUCUCCCGCUCGACAAUCCAUCCGGAAACAUUGCAGGGACGGUGCGCAGGAAACCACAAGCCAAGCUCUGAAACCAUUUGCACGUACAACAAAAGAAAAGCUGAUAAGAUGAAAAAGUAUACUGUGUUUUUAUUGUAUAUACUAUAUACCAGGGGUCGGGAACCUUUUUGGCUAAGAGAGCCAUGAAGGCCAGAUAUUUUAAAAUGUGUAUCUGCGAGAGCCAUAUACAUUUUGAAUGCAAUAAAAUGUGUGCAUUUUUAUGUAAGACCAACAGUUUUAGAUAUAAUGGGCUCUAAUUAUGUAGACCAGGCACACUACCCCACGCCAAUGGGGUGUGGCCAGCAUACUUUCGUGAGCAGCGCAGUGUCUAAUAAUAAAUCAAAUACUUGCUGCCAUUAAUGCAACUUCUGCUGCUGCAUAGUUUUGAACCGUAUUCAGUACACGUAUUUCAUUCUUUUGGCCAUCUUCACCAGAAGGCUUGGUUCUGCAGCUUUAGCUAUUUGACUAAAGGAGGAAAGUUUACAUUUACAUGUUUUUUUGACAUCUCAAUGACCGAGGUAGACUACAGCAUUACCCAGUAAUAAUCAAGUUUUGGUGUUUGACCUGGAAAAUAUCAUCAGGAAAGAUAGAUAUGGUUGGCCGUAUUGCAGCAGAAUAUAGAUGGACGAAUUAAAAUGCAUAAGAAAGUUGUUGAUUUUGAAUAUUAUUUUCAACAGUCAUUUCGGUGAUGGUUUACUUUAAAAUGUUAGCAAAAAUACAUUUUUAUUGUGGUAAGAAAUGCUUGAGAGCCAGAUACAGUCAUCAAAAGAGCCCUACCUGGCUCCCGAGCCAUAGGUUCCCUACCUCUGCUAUAUACAGUAUGGUAUUCGAAGCACCAAUAAACUGGUGUUGUUCUUUGGUGAGAAAAGAGCACCAUUUA